UCGACCAUUGCCGAGACAUUUUGCUAUUUUCAUAAACUACUGGGUGGCGUCACCGGGAUGGAAAGCCGGUUCGCAACCUUCGAUGAUGUUUUGGAUGCGUAUGUUGGGCACUUCGGGCGCGGACAGCUGUUAACACUCCUAAUUGCGUCCAUAUCGCAUAUAGCCAUGGCAACCGUCCUAAUGCUUAUGGUGUUUACCGCCCAGGACCCCUUCAUCGCGGGUGACUGGCUUUGCGUAACACCCAGCAGCAGCACAGGGACGUCCCCUCCCGCCUUCCCUGCUGCCACCACCCUCACCGCAACCAUUUUCACGACGUUCACCACCUACAACAGCACCACAGCCUCCUCCUCCUCUCCACCCCUUAGCUCCGUCCCAGCCCUCCAACUAGCAUCAUCACUACCAUCUUCCGCGGCUGCUGCUGCCACUUGUUCGUCCAUCCUCGCCGCCAUCAAACCCACCACCUCUACCAUAAACCCCUCCUCCGCUUCCUCUUCCUUAUCCUCCUCUUCCCUCUCCUCCUCCACCCCUGCCUCCCUCCGCGCCGCCUUCUGCGCCCUGCCCCCGGGCACCAUUCGCUGGACUCGCUCCGAAACCUCCCUGCUGUCGUACUACAAUCUCACAUGCGGCCGUGAGUGGCUAGUCACACUGCUCAACAGCCUCUACUUUGUGGGCCUUGCGGCAGGGGGGCUGGGUUUCGGAGCGCUGUCGGACCGCUACGGCCGCAAGGCAUGCAUGUACGGAUGCACGGCGCUGGGGUUGGUUGCGACGGUUGGUGAGGCGCUGGCGCCGGCCUUUUGGUUGCAUGCGCUGUGCCGAGUGGUGGG